GCUAUCAAGUACAUACACGUAAACGAAAAACCGAAACUCCGAUAGCUUCGGCUACAUACAGUUUUCGCGAGACUGCAUACAAUUUGCUCCAAUUUCUCCCGCUCCGAGGCACACACCCAUAGCAACUCUAGCGAUAGCUCAUUAAUACUCUAGCAGGAUGGCCACCAACGAGGACUGGAAGCAGCGGCUGAACCUGCCACCCAAGGAUGCGCGCGUGCGCACCGAGGAUGUCACGAACACCAAGGGCAACGAGUUCGAGGACUACUUCCUUAAGCGCGAGCUGCUGAUGGGGAUUUUCGAGAAGGGUUUCGAGAAGCCCUCCCCCAUUCAAGAAGAGUCUAUUCCUAUCGCGCUGGCCGGACGUGAUAUCCUGGCGCGUGCCAAGAACGGAACGGGAAAGACGGCAGCAUUCUGCAUCCCGGUGGUGGAGAGGGUCGAUCCCACUCGGCCUGUGAUCCAAGCCCUCCUUCUGGUGCCGACUCGCGAGCUGGCGCUGCAAACCGCGCAAGUGUGCAAGGAGCUGUCGAAGUACCUGAGCAUCGAGGUGAUGGUCACCACCGGUGGCACUAGCCUAAAGGACGAUAUCAUGCGUCUCUACCAAACGACGCACAUCGUUGUUGCCACGCCCGGGCGCGUGGUGGACCUGGCGAGCAAGGGCGUGGCCCGCCUCAACGAGUGCCGGAUGCUGGUGAUGGACGAGGCGGACAAGCUGCUGUCGCCGGAGUUCCAACCCGUGGUGGAGCAGCUCAUCGGCUACCUGCCCGACGACCGGCAAAUCAUGCUGUACUCGGCUACCUUCCCGGUGACCGUGAAGGCCUUCAAGGAGAAGUUCCUCCGGAAGCCCUACAUCAUCAACCUCAUGGAGGAGCUCACACUGAAGGGUGUGACGCAGUUCUACGCGUUCGUCGAGGAGAAGCAGAAGGUGCACUGCCUCAACACGCUUUUCUCCAAGCUGCGCAUCAACCAGUCGAUCAUCUUCUGCAACUCCGUCAACCGUGUGGAGUUGCUGGCGAAGAAGAUUACGGAGCUGGGCUACAGCUGCUACUACAUUCACGCUAAGAUGCUGCAGAGCCACCGCAACCGCGUCUUCCACGACUUCCGCAACGGCCAUUGCCGCAACCUGGUGUCGUCGGACCUCUUCACGCGUGGCAUUGACAUUCAGUCGGUGAACGUCGUCAUCAACUUCGACUUCCCGAAGAACGCGGAGACCUACCUGCACCGCGUCGGCCGCUCGGGCCGGUUCGGCCACCUGGGUCUGGCCGUGAACCUCAUCACCUACGACGACCGCAUCAACCUGUUCAAGAUUGAGCAGGAGCUGGGGACGGAAAUCAAGCCCAUUCCGGCCCAGAUCGAGGAGAAGCUGUACUGCAUCUAGAAUCGUGCAGGCCUGAGCCGGAUGAGGCGCGCUGUGGCCUUCACCAACAUGGCUGGCUGGACCUACCAAC